UGUUUAUAUUAAGCGUUAUGAAUAUGUCUAAAGAAUUAUUGAAGAAAGAAGAAAAGUGCAUCGAAAUGCAGGCGCAACUUGAGGAAAGCACAAAGAAAACUCAUGCGGAAAAGUGCGAAGAGGAACAACGAUUGCUUGACCUUUCUAAUGAUAAAGAUGCAUUUAAAGAACAAAAUGGAAAAAAUUCUGAACCAAUAAACGAAGUCCCUACUAAUGAUGCAGAAAAAGAAAAAGAAACUUUUAAGAAAGAAUACGAGAAUGAACUGAAGAUAUUAAAGAAUAACUUAAGUUACCUAGAAGCUACACAAGCACCUGAUCAUGAACACAAGCAAGAUUCAGAAGACAAAUUGGCGGAAAAUUUGGCAAGGCCAAAGAAGGAUAUUGAAUGCUCCGACCACAAGACGAAAUAUGAGGGAAUUGUUGUAAACUACAACAAAUUAGAUACAGAAUAUCAAAGGCUUAAAGAUCAAUUGAAAAUUUGCAUAGCAUCAGAUAAAUUGUGUAAAGAUCAGAUGCAGCGCGUCAAAGAGUUAAACGAUCAGCAAAAUUAUGAGGACCAAGAAGCUAUUAAUAGGCAAGUCGUUGAUGAACUUGAGAAACGCCUAUAUGAACAAGGAGAAGUAAUACAAACCUUAGUAAGGGCCAUUGAACAUCAACAGUCUAUAAUGGGAACCCUUCGAGAACAAAAAGACAUAAUCGCCACUUUAAACCUAUGA